AUCUUCAAGUCAAACACACCCCAGAAUCACCCGUUUGCUGGACAUCUCAGAUGCCUCACGUCGAUAGCGUACGAUAUGGACGACCGCUACCACUACCACCGCCGUGAACCGCACUACGACGACGUCCCACGUCCCACGGCAGCAUCGUACUUCGUCUGGACUAUUCUUGCCUUAGUUGGCCUCAAUUACGCCAUACAGCAUUUUGACUUUGCCAUCUUGAGGCCGCAUGAGCUUCUCUGGAAUGCGAUUGUCUAUGUCAUACCGGCACGACUGCUAUUGGAUGCCGCACGCCGACAAGAGCUGGUAGCGAAUGACAUGAUUUCGCAAACUCAUGCUGCUAAAAGCGAAGCACUGCGAAAAAUGUUAGGCAUCGGAAGUAACGCAAUCCUGCAGAAGCUGCCCGCUGGAGACGCGAUAGGACUGGGAGGCGUAUCUAGAAGGCUGAGCAUGGCUGCCGGAAUGCAACCCGCGCGCUCGAAUGCGCCGUCUGGCUUGGGGAACUGGGAUAACAGUUGCUAUCAGAACAGCGUACUUCAAGCGCUGGCGAGUCUAGAGGGGGUUUUGAGAGAGUGGCUGAGGAGAGCUGAGCCGGAGGACAGUGACGCCAGCGCGAGCACAAAUACCGCAUUACAGGAGAUGAUUGCGAAAUUGCGAGAUCCUGAAAAUAACGGAAAGCAUAUCUGGACACCUGCGAAGCUGAAAAAUAUGAGCAGCUGGCAGCAACAAGACGCACAGGAGUAUUUCUCAAAGGUCAUGGACGAGUUGGACAAAGAGGCGAAGAAGGCAUUUGCGCAAAGGCAAGAGAAGCCUGCGGGUCUAGAAGCGAUCCUGGAGAGGGACCAAAAGGGGAAAGAGCAGGAAAGUGCAGAGGCUGCAGCACAAGCGAUGGACAUGCGAAAUCCACUGGAAGGACUGACAGCCCAGCGAGUGUCAUGCACAAGGUGUGGGUUCUCAGAAGGAUAUUCCAUGAUCCCUUUCAACUGCCUUACGGUGCCUUUGGGGAACUCUUUCCAUUAUGACCUCGAAGAUUGUCUGACGGACUACACGAGGAGCGAGGACAUUGAGGGCGUGGAGUGUCGAAGUUGUACGCUCGUACAAGCCGCUGAGAAACUACGAAAAAUGCUACCCAAACCUGCCAAGGUGGAUUGCGCCGAGGAGUCAACGAAGCAUGCGGAGGAAAAUGUCAUGCAGCUACCACCCGAGCUUCGGGCUCAAAUUGCCCAACGGUUGCAGGCAAUCGAGAAAGCGCUUGACGAGGACGACUUUUCGGACAAGACGCUCAAACAAGACUGCCAGAUCAGCUCGAAGUCCUACGCAAGUACAAUCAAGAGACGGGAGGCAAUCAUCGGACGUGCGCCACAGGCACUGGUCAUACAUAUCAAUCGGAGUGUCUUCGAUGAAAGGACAGGAAUGCAACGCAAGAACUAUGCGCAAGUGCAGUAUCCACGAUUCUUAGACUUACGACCGUGGCUCCUCGAAUCUGAGUGCUCGCCGGCUACAUACAGACUGAGCGCGGUUGUACAGCAUUAUGGGCGUCAUGAGAACGGUCACUAUAUUUGUUACCGAAAACACCCUGGUGUCCCGCCAUUGACUGAUGAUGAACCUGAUGCCGAGCCGUGUCAGCAAAACGACGAAAAGGAGCGAUGGUGGCGACUAAGUGACGAAGACGUCAAUCCCGUAACAGAGGAGGAGGCGCUUGACCAGGGCGGCGCAUUCAUGCUCUUUUAUGAGCGCAUCGACGAGGGAUUACCUGCGAUACAGAGCCAAGACCUUACCGACGCCGCAGCUGUGCCCUUACCUCCUGACGAGGCGACCGAUUGGGACGACAUGAUUAGUACACAGCCUCCAACUGCUACACCUUCACUCGUCAAUUCAUCGGCACAGUCGGUUGUAUCAGACACAGAUACGGAUUUCACGUCAGAAGCGGAACCUGACACUGCCUUGCCUCUGCCGGCUGGCAAGCAGCCCCUGCCUGUCUCGCCAGUCUUGAAGACGGCUAGUCCUACGAGCAUGAGACAUGGACUAGGAAUGGAGCGGACUUCGAUGAUGAGUGUAUGAAAAGAUAGCUUUGGGAUCCUUCUGGCCCAUCGACAGCUUAUACGAUUGGAUAUGUGUAAUGAAGCCUGGCGGCCUUUGCUAUGGUGCUUAUAAUGCCGA